AUGACAACGAUGGAAGUGACCCCUGUGGAGGAUGUCGAGCGUGCGUGUGGCACACUGCUGGCGGCGUUCCAUGACAGCAGUGCUAACGAUUUUCUGAACUGCAAGUUCCAGGACGUGCCAUUGGAGGAAACCCUGGCGUCACACUCGAGGGCCGACGAGCUGACUCGCAACACGAUCAUGUUCUACGUCGACCGUGGCGCAGAGUUUGUUCAGACCGGGGACUAUGCUACCGUGGCUAUCUGGACAGUGCCCCACAAGCAUGUGGCUGUGGAUCGCACGAAGGACGAACGCUUCAAUGCCGUGUUUCUGGACGAGUCUCAACGGGUGAAGGAGAGGGUGAUCCCCCAGGGCAUGCAAUACUACUACCUGUUCAUGGUUGGGAGGGAUCCCGUGUCGGCUGUGAAGGGCAGCGUCAGGGCUCUGUUCGAUCACUACAUCGAGAGAGCCAACAGGGAAAACGUAGCUUUGGUGCUGGAAGCAAUCAGUGACCACGCCAGAGACGUCUACGAACACUUCGGUUUUGUUAACUACAAUACUUUCAAGUACGGUGCGGGUGAGGUCGACAGCAACGGCCACUUGGAUUCCAACGGGGACGGUCAUACAGGGUACCUGAUGAUUUAUUUACCAAAAUAG